AAUCUGGAUUAGUUUGUAAAUUUAAUCAGUGACUGACUGACGUGUAAGAUACAAGUUGUGCAAUAGCAAGGUGAUAAAGUGGGCAACGUGAACUUUUGAUUGUGUUUUUGGAAUUAAAAAAAAAACAUUAUUUCAUUCCACGCUUUUUGUUGAAGAAACGGUCAAGAGAAACAUGCACAAAGUCUUCCUCGUGUUGUUUUUAUUUGGCUCCGUCUACUCUGAGUCGGUGCGGGAGACUGAGACAUGGAUGCCCAUGAAGAUGACCCAAGCCGUGUCGCAUGACGAGCUUGUUGCGUCUGGUGACGCCCCCAACGGCUCCGACUUUGGCUUCCCCGAUGAGGAGCGCGACACAUUUGACAAUGAGGAUGAAACGGAUGAUGAUGAAGACUUCUCUGGCUCUGGAGAUGAAGUAACUACUAUUACACUCAAGAAUGACAAAACCAUGACAAAGCCUGACAUGAACGACAACAAGAUCCCAGACCUGGACAGACCCCUGAUGUCCAAACCCACACCAAAUGAGAUUGAACAGGUCCAGAAGAACAAUGAAGUGUCCGUGCGGGGUGCUCCCAAACCCGAGGAGUACCCAUCAAACGUACUGAUGGCCCAUGCAGGGGAGGAGAGCGUCUUCAGAAAAACAGAGGUCUUAGCAGCUCUGAUUGCUGGUGGAGCAGUGGGGCUGCUCUUUGCCGUCUUCCUCGUCCUUCUGCUCGUCUAUCGCAUGAAGAAGAAGGACGAAGGCAGCUACGACCUGGGAAAGAAGCCCAUUUACAAAAAGGCUCCGACAACGGAGAUCUAUGCCUGAAGGCCACCUGCCUGCUCUCCAGUGCCUCUCGAAAGCAAACCUCUCCUCUUGCCUGCUUACUGUAAAGCCAGGAAGUCCCAGAGGGAGAAACCAUCAAACAAAAACUGCUUUUCCUAUUCCACCACAAGUUCUGAAGUGGUUCAUUUUGAAACGGAAUCAACAUUUUAACUGUCAGUUUUCCUAUUUUAUUUUGUUCUUUCCCCUACAGGAAAGAUAUUGGGAGAGGACCAUUUCAGCUGCCAAACAAUGCAGUACACCAUUUAUUUGUUUUAUAAAAAGUAUCAAUACUGCAGCGAAAUCUUGACUUUUCUCUCCCACACUGUUUUAUGACACUAACAAGGUGCAAUGACAACUUCACUCAGUGAGGUGAAAUGGUACAGAUAUUUAUUUUCCUCCACCCUACUCUGAACCUUGGUACCCAUACUGGUGCUACAGAAGUCUGUUACUGUAGCAUUUUCUUUUACAAUAAUUUUUUAAAAUAAUCCCUGUGUAGGGAAAUCGUGAAAGGUUCUGUUUCGAUUCAAAUGUAUUUUGUCAAACAGAUCAAGUCUGAAGUGAAUUCCAGAUUGAUGAAAGUAACUUGAUACAUGCUACCCUAUCAAUAUAGCGGGGGCCAAUCAACAUGCUUUUAGUCCUAGGACAAAUCGCUGUGUGAAUACACCCACUCCAUCCACAGACCACAAAAUUAUUUGUAAAAACGAGCAACACAACGACACAUACAUACAUGAUUGGUGAGCUCAGUUUUUUGCCAGACCUCAUCUCAGUGAUUACAAUUCUUGUAAACUAAGCUAUUUGAACAGCUUAUGGACUAUCGCUGUUGACAUAACAAUAAUUAUCACUGCACAUGGACUGUACGCUUCAAGGGAUCUGUACAUAGCCAUUUUAAUAAAAUUCUGAACUUGGAACUUAGCCAUUUCUUGGCAGAUGUUUAUUUACCAAAUAUUUUAUACUUUGUCUAACAUUACUGUAAAUGCUUGGAAUAAUCGGUUUCUUCAUACCUAAGAAGUAGGGGUGUAAUGAUUCCCUGAUACAGAUCGGCCCUGGUUCAAAUGUUUGACAACCGUUCCAAAUGUACAGUAGUAUGCAUGCAUCAGUCAAAGUCACUAAAUUGACAAAAAGCUAUCGGGGGCGGCAAUGUCCACCCGAUAGCCGGGUGGUAGAUGCCCAGUUUUCCUUAUGGCUCAGCUUUGGUGCCUACAUACACUAGACUUGUACGAUUUACACACACGUCAGCUGAGAGACCCAGCUCAUGAGCUCUAUCGGCAGCAGAUUUGAAUUUCGAAUGGGAAAUGAAUGUGUUUUAUGUAACCAAUGUUAGUGAACCGAAUCGCAUCGAUUUGUUCCUCUAAUCAAACUGAAUCGUACCGACUCGUUUCGAACUAAAACACAUCAUUCCUGUAUCGUAUCGUAGCCCAACUAUAUCUAGAUGCGUAUUGAAUCGUUGUGAAAGGGAAAGAUCCACAUCCCUACUAAGAAGCCUAUAGUGGGAAACACGUUUUAACUACCAAUGCUAGUACUAACUUUUUCUGUCCAGUGUUUUAGAAUACUUGUUCAAUUUAACUAUAAUUGUAUUACCUUUCAGGUUGGGGCUUUUCCCCCUCUUAGCUGUUGUAUUUGAUUUAAAUGUUUUAUAUACACUAGUUCAAGAAGCAAAUAGUUUUAAAACUUUUUUUUUUUUGUACAUUUUAAUUUGUUCCUGACUUUUAAGCCGUAUAUAUUUAUGUAUUGUAGAAGGAUUGCUAUGUAAUUGUUCAGGGGAACUGAAUUGAACCAUGUGUCAUUUGCAUGGGGAAAAUCUGCUGCUUUUGUCAUAAGAUAUGUGAAUCACCAAUUGAGUGGAGAAGUCAAUGAAUCAUUGAUUUCUGCAUGCAUGUUCUGAUUUAUUUGGAAAUAAAGCUAUUUUUAUGCAUAUUAACUAAAAAAAAUGGUUGGAUCAGUUUUUUUUCAGUAUUCCGGUGACAUUUACUAUCUACACAAAGAUCAGCAUGAGGUGUAAAUUCUGCCAGCUCGGUCUUUGUCAUAGAACAAUUUGCAUUGUUAUCGUCCUGUAUACAUUACUCUUUGUUGCCAGUGCAGUUUAAUCUGAUUAUCAACCCAACAAUAUAAUGGGAGUUGUUACACCAGAGCUUGCUUGCACAGCCUGUACCCUGACAAGACAACUUAGCCAUCAUGAUACUUCCCCGUACCUGUUGUCAUUUCUGAGUAUAUGAGCAGGAUGGCUGUAUUGUAGAACACUAGCUGUUUUGAAGUCUAUUGAAGAAUGCGCUCACCCCAAACUGGUGCAUGCUCUUCCCAGCAGCAUAGUCUGUAUCUUGAGACCUCACCAUCCUGAUACUUAACUUUAGUGUUGUAUUUUUUUUAGUACAGGACCGGUGUCUGAUGUACUUCCACCACAGGACACUAGCUGUUCUAUACGUCAUAGGGUGGACUUUAGCUCUUCCAUGAAUUGUAUUAUCAUGGAUCUUUGCAUGCUCUCUCAAAUUAUUGAUCUUAAUUGCAUGUGUGUGCUGUGACUUUGCAAUUUGCUGUGCUUAAUUGUAUGAACCUUUUUUUAAAUCUGUAAUUGGAGCAUCCCCUAACUAUGCUCUCUACCUCUUUUUAUAGCCUGUGGUGCACCUGUGUUUGAGUCACUGGAGUAUAAGAUGGAAGUUGUCGCUCCAAACUACAAAGGUCUGAGCUGCAGAGCUCUGGUUGAAGCAAGCACAUUGUGAUGUCCACCCUAAACAUAGGUUUGCCCUGCGUUCAGGGUUGUCGGCUAUUGUUUGUAGGUCUUGCUCAGUGUCACUCCUCGUACUUCCCCCAUGUGUGUGACGAUGGUGGCGCCGCCAGGUAGAUUUGUCAUAUGACGUGCAAUGUCAUUUAAUGCUCUUAAAGUGACAGUACAUGAUUGAUUUGAAGUCCUAGGUAUUUGUCUGGGCCGUGCUCAAGUCACCAUCCAGGUAUUUAAUGAACAUUGCUAUAAAUGUUUCUGACGUUUAAACAAAAUUGCCUGUUGGUUUUAAAUAUUGUAACUGAAAAGAUCGUUGUAAUAAAAUAUUUUUUUAUAAAGUG